GCUCUGUUUGUGCCCAGGUUGGUCUCCCCUUCUCCUUCCAUUUGGCAGGAGGCAGUUCCUUGGCCAGGAGUUUCUGUCUCAAAUGCUGAGAGAGAAGAUGCUGCAUCCCCAGGGAUGCACAGGGAGGAUGCUGGAUCCACGUUUACUCUGGGUCAGGGUCUCCAUCCCUGCCCGGUGCCAGCAGUUGGGAGCAGGACCUUAACAGGAAAUCCCACCCUCUGAACAAUGAAGAUCUUAGACCCUGGCUAACUCUGAGUGCUGCAAACCCUGUGUAGAUCCCUUCUGGCUCCUCUGGAGCAGAUGCUGAGCCUCUCUAGAGGGAUCUUCUCCAGUCACUCACGGUGCCUGUGUGAGAGCAGAGGAAGCUCCCAACCAUCGUGUGCCCGUGCGCCGAGCCAUGCUGGGCCGGAGGAGCCGCCUUCCCCAGGAGCUGAGCAGCCCCCGGCAGCGGGAGCAGCCCGGCCCGGAGGCCGUGCCCCUGCGAGCACGGGCAGCCAGGGACACAGAUGUCAGCCUGGAGGUGUUCAGUGGCUCCACGCCCGAGAUCAAAGCCAGCCGCAGCCGGGCCCAGCAGAUGCGGGACAGGAAAGGGCGCAAGGCCGAGCUCAAAGACUCCAACGGCCGAGAGGCAGAGACCAUCACCUUCAUCUCUGGGACAGCAGAGGCUCCCCCAAACCAGAGCUUUUGCUGCUCCUCCCUGUCUCAGGCCUGGAACACGUACAAGGCCGUUUUCUGUUGCAUAGUGACGUGUGGGGGCUGCUUCCAGGACUGCAGUGUCUGCAUUCCCUAUCCGGGGCCCGCUGAGACCUCCACAGAGGAUGGGAAGAAUGGAGACUACAACGGGCGGCUGCCAAACAGCCCCACCAACGCCUCUCCUGUUGAGAAGAACGGGAACCAGAUCAAAAAAUCCAUCAUGGGCAGCAGUUUCAGUUACCCAGACGUGAAGCUGAAGGGCAUCCCUGUCUAUCCAAACAGGAACCCCAACCACCACCUGGAAUCUGAUUCCUGCUGCAAGGAGCUGCUGGAGAAGCCCUUCAGGAACAGCAUUGAGAAGCCGCCGCUGCCCAGCAGCCACCGGAGCUCGGAGGAGUAUUACUCCUUCCACGAGUCCGACGUGGACAUCAGCGAGCUGAACGGCUCCAUGUCCAGCCGGCAGAUCGAUGUCCUCAUCUUCAAGAAGCUCACGGAGCUGUUCAGCGUCCACCAGAUCGACGAGCUGGCCAAGUGCACCUCGGACACCGUCUUCCUGGAGAAGACCAACAAGAUCUCGGACCUCAUCAACAGCAUCACUCAGGACUACAACCUGGACGAGCAGGAUGCCGAGUGCAGGCUGGUCCGGGGCAUCAUCCGCAUCAGCACCCGCAAAAGCAGGGUCCGGCCCCACAUCUCCAUCCCCAGCCAGAGCCACCAGGAGAAGUCCAGCCGGGGCAACGCGCCCGACAGCGGCAACGAGACGAUGCUGGAGUCCAUGGUCAUCAGCCAGGACGAGCUGGCCGUGCAGAUCUCGGAGGAGACGGCAGCGGAUGUGCUGGCCAGGAACAUGAGGCGGCACAGCAGCGCAGGCUCUCCAGCCAGCAGAGAUUCCUCUUUCCAGGACACAGAGACUGACUCCUCUGGGGCACCCCUGCUCCAGGUGUACUGCUGAAGGACCCAAGCAGCAUUCCAGGGCUUUGCUGCAGCCACAAUCCUCCUCUUUCCAUGUGGAGUGUGCUGUGCCACAUUUGAUUUUUGUUUUUCCCAGUCUACCCUGAUCCUUACUGAAGCCAAAUUCCUUCUGCUGUCUGAAUUUCACUGGAUGUUUUGGGCUUUUUGGACAAUCAAGGAAGCGAACUGCGGAGCUGAUGAACUCUGGAGGUGGAAUGUGUGCCCAGGGAGGAGAAGAUGGACGAGGAAGCAGCAGAUAACUUGUGCCUAUGUGAUUUCUGUAGAGCACAUUUAGCUCCAGCAGCCUCAGUGGCUCAGCCCUUUCCCUGCUUUCAGGACCUCUUGUACAGUUCCUGCUUCCUGGCGUUGCCUAAGCGAACUUGGAUAGGGAAUGACUGUGUGGGGUCUCUGCUGGUGCUGAUGUUGGGGUGCAGGCUGAAAUCCUGCUCUGUGGGGACCCAAAUCCCUCUGUGGGGACCCAAAUCCCUCUGUGGGGACCCAAAUCUCUAUUUAAAGUGCCUGUGCUGGUCCCACAAACCCAAAGUCAGACACCCAUGGUGUUUUCAGUAGCCAGAUCUGCCUUUCCCUGCUGACCCUUGGUGUCAUCUCCUGCUGCCUGGUGAGGAGCAGGUUCAGGUUCUGGGGUUCAUUUCAUUUGUGGCCUCUUGGCUCAUCCGGUGCCACGGUGCCGGUGCUGGGGGCUGGGAGGGGGCUCGGCUGGCCCUGCCUGAGCAGACUAUGGGGAUCAGCUCUGCCAGCCUGCUGUGAGCCCUGCUGUGAGGCAUCCCCAGAGCACACAGGGCCCUGCCAGCAGCUCUCCCUCACCCUGCCAAGCCCUCCAUGCUUCCCCUGGGAGAGCCUGGAGCAGGGCUGUGGCUCCAGGUGAGCAACACUUGAUUCACUCCUGACUUUUUGUGCUUCAGACCUUGGGCUGUUGGCUGUUCUGCUAGAAAAAUCCUUAAAAGUGGUUUGUUUUGACAGGAAAAGCUCCUGAGAGUGUCUGCAGAGGGUUUGAGAGGCACUGCUGGUCCCUUCCUGUCCCUGUGGGCACUCAGCACCUCUCUGGGGGAGGCAGGAGAUGGGGCACCGCUGUCCCCAGGGCGGUGCCAGGUGGCCUUGAGGGCUGCAGCAGGAGGAAGCUGCAUCUGUGGUGUUGCCAUUUGGUUGUUUAUCACAAAGCAAACACGUCAAGCCAUGGGAUUUGUUUGGAGAUUUGGGUGCCCUUGGACAUGGAGAGAAAAUGCUUUGUUGAAUUUAGCAGCCACAGGAUAAACACAGCCACUGGAUUCUGGGGAGAGGGAAGCCCAAACAGGCCCCGAGCUUCAGUGUGGAUGAUGGUUUUGUGCCUCAGUUGGACUGAAAUGUGCCUUAAUUGAAUUGAAAUGUGCCUUAGUUGAAUUGAAAUGUGCCUUUAUUUUAUUGCCUGUGAUUGUUCUUCAGAGGUUUGGGCAGGGAGGAAGGAUUUGAUUCCUCUCAGGAGCUCUCAGGCUUUUUGAAAAGGCCAAAACCCUUUGAAAUGGACAGUUCCAGUCCCUGUUAGAGCCUGUUUUUGUAAACCACUGGCUCUGUUCAGAGUGUGCUUCCAGAAAUCAGGGGCAUUACUGAGACCACACCUGGAGACACUGGCAGAGAGAAAUAUUUCAAAGAUGAAGGGAAGAGACUGAGCCUGGAUUUAGCUUCCCCUCCCUGCCUUGUGUUUGAAGCUGUUGGUUUGUGAGAAAUGGAGUUUAUUCAAGGAGAUGACUUGAAGCAAGGCCAGGCUGGGGCUCCCAGGGGAGCUGUGUGAGGUCACCUCCUUCCAAAUGCUGCCCAUCCUGAGGGACCUGCUUGGCUUCUGCCUCUCAUGGGUUUGUACAUUGUUAUUUGGACAAGUUUCCUCAAAGCUGUGUGCUGAGGCGUCACUUGGGUCACACUGACACUGCUCUGUGGGCUGUGCUUUGGAGACAAGGGCUGAGCUGCAGCGAGCUGCAGGUGCUGCUACAGAGCAAAUACACGUUUUUAAUGUCUAGGCUGGGAAUGAAGAGUGAGUGUGUGUGCAUUAAACUAGCAAAAAUAUCCCCCAAGCCCCCAAAAACUCACUGAGAGGAAGACUGUCAGCUCGAUGGUCCCUGAAGCUGGUUCACCUGUGGUGUCUUAUGGGAUUCUUUUGCACUCAUUGGCCUUAAAUGUUCUGGUUUGAUCUUUUUUAUGAACUAAAAGUUGUGCUCUUUACCUGU